AUGGCUGGCGCAGCAACACCGAGUCAACACAACCAACGCCAUACGAGGAGUAUGCGGGCUAUGCAACAGACAUCGCCGCCAUCACCGCAUAGAAAAAAUUCGCAGGACUCCGUGGAGCCCCAAUCAGUCUUGUCUGAGCGCCACGGAACGCCGGGUGAGGCUGGCGAAUAUUCCGUUCAACCGGCUUGUUUGCAGCAGCCGCAGCAGUGGUCGCCUCCGUCCAGUUACGGGUCUCCGAAAUAUGGAGAGCAAUCCCCGUACGGAAAGAUGCCGUUAAAGGGCCCCCAGGUUGGGUAUGCGCAGCAGUAUUAUGCAGAGCAACAGCAGCCAUGGGGUAUCGGGAUGCCACCCGUGUCACCCGUUAGUCAGGCGUCUCCUCCAAGUACACACGAACUAGCGCAACACCCAUCACAGAUGGAAGAAAGUGGAUACUUUGUACCUCGUAAGUACAAAUAA